AUGGAGCCCUCAUAUGAACCCUUCACCUGGCGACAAACCAAGUCCGGCAGGUGGGAACGCGAUGUUGACGAAGUAGAGCAGUUCUAUACUACCUUGGCAAAACGGUUCCAAGGGAGCGGCCGUGUCUUUUUCGCCUUGUCUGCUCAUGUCUCAUUUUCUGUCGCCCAUUCUUCCACUUUCGAUUCAAACGAAGCUCGCGCUCUCAAUGCACUGCGGGUUGCUUGGUUGCGACUGCGCUACGACCAUCCCACCAUUGCAUCAUGGGUGGAGUAUAACCAUGAUGCGAAGAAAUGCCACAAAGUCUACGAAACCUUCGGGGUCAAAGGGGAAUCAACCUGGCUGGAAAACACAUUCCAGGUGAUAUCGAAUUCCCCGUCUGGUCACGAAUGGUGCAACUCCAACCCUCCCGUACCCAAACUGCCGACCUUGUUCUUGGUCAAGCGUGCGCCAGUCGACGAGCAUUUCCGAGCCGACCUCGUUCUCCGCUCACACCAUGAAAUAAUUGAUGGCAUUGGGUCGCUUCAUCUCUUGGACAAUCUCUUUAAAUAUGCGUCUGAGGCAUUUGAUCUACCGGAGAAGUUCAAUGUUCCCCAAUUCGGCGAUGAAUGGAAGAAUCUCAGUCCGCCGUUGAAAGCCGCCGCUUCUAUCCCCGACUUAGAUGUCCCAGAGCAAGAUCUGACGCUCAAAAGUAUCAUGGAUAGGAAUGCUGCCAUUCUUGAGGAAGCCGAGAUUGCCCAAGUCCCUCAUCAAGCGGGAGCGACCGUCCCAGGAUACCACAAGCGAGUCUCGCUGACUCUGAGUGAAGAGCAAACUCAACACCUGUUAGCAGCAAGUAAAAAGUUGGAUGCGAGCAUCACGCAUGUAUACCAUGCAGCGAUCGCAAUCGUGAUUCGUGAUUUGCAAGCGCGAGAGCACGAGAAGCGAAGAGUGAGAUACAUCAGCUACUCGCCAAUUAAUGAGCGCAGUCAAUGCAAGGAACCGUAUAAUAAGCCACAGCACGCUGCGUCGGUGUAUCACUCUGUUUCUGGUCAAAGCCUUGCGAUCGACUUGACAGUGCCAGCCCUCGGAAACUCCAAUCCAACGAUUGAAGAGAGGAAAUCCGAGUUCACAGAAACAGUCCAGCAGGUCAAAGAGUAUUACCUGAACAUGCGAGAUGACAAGGAACACAUCCGUCUAGUUCCUUCGUAUUGGUAUCUAUCCACACCCCCGUAUCCUCCAGGUACGGAAGAUCCUCCAGUCCCGCCACCGAACCCUGCACCUUCAGCUUCAAUUGCCAGUUUAGGAAUGGUUGACAACAUUUUGUCUCCGACACAUGGUCAGUUUGAACUCAAUGAUCCAUGGGUGACCGGGGACGAACUCGGAACCGGACUUGGUCUAUUCCUAGGCACAUUCCGCGGUCGUAUGUCGCUGAGUGCAGCGUUUAACGAUGCCUGGCACGACGGACACGAUGCCAAAGCAUUUGUGAUCAGGUGUAACAAUCUAGUGAUGGAAAUGCUGUAA